AUGCGGGAGCCGGAUGCAGGCUACGGAGAGAUACUCCUCUCCAUCAGCUAUCUGCCCGCAGCAAACCGCCUGCUUGUGGUGCUCAUAAAAGCCAAGAACCUCCAUUCCAAACAGCUGAAAGAUCUCCUGGGAAAAGAUGUAUCUGUCAAGGUGACCUUGAAGCACCAGUCUCUGAAACUGAAGAAGAAGCAAACAAAGUGUGCAAAACACAAGAUCAACCCAGUCUGGAAUGAGAUGAUCAUGUUUGAAGUGCCCCAUGAGCUGCUACGUGCCUCCAGCGUGGAGCUAGAAAUGUUAAGCCAAGAUGGCCUGGGGCAGAGCCAAUCACUGGGCAAGUGCAGCCUGGGUCUGCAUGCCACAGGCACAGAGAGGAACCACUGGGAGGAAAUGCUGAGGAACCCCAGGAGGCAGAUAGCCAUGUGGCACCAACUUCAUAUGUAGCCAUGCAAUCUCUGUCAUGACCAGCCAACUGCCUUUCAUACUGGGAGGUCUCCGAGUCAGGAGGAGUAAGCCAAGUUAUAUUUCAUCUUGUAGGAAUGUGAACCACACCCAUCCAUAAAAUGAUCAAUCACAGCAUUCUGUUACGGACACUGCUUUUUUCGGGUUUCCUGCCACAAGGACUCUCUCAGGCUAAGCCAGGCAAAGUUCUGGAGCCCACGUUGUAGGGAAGAGUCCUGAACUCUCUCCUAGGGAUGGAAUGCAUGACCCCAAUAGACCUCUAACUUCUACAAGGACAAGAUUCUGACACUGAAAAGCCGCUCAUGAAAAUAAAUGCAAACUGUCAGAUAGGCUUUUGUAUGUGUUACAUUUAAAGGUGAGCUGAAAAGGGAAAAAAUGGGCUUGCGCUAUUAUUUACUGCUUUAUGAUGGAGAAAGAAGGCCUGAUUUUUAGUUAUUUAGUUAGUUUUCUGCUUAUUUUAUAUGUUCAGGUCUUAUCUACCCUGCUUUCCCUUGAAGACUCUAUAGAUGACUGGAGAGCUAGCAGGUAUACAGCAUACUUAAUCAGGUUUCCCAUCUAUGGUAAGAGGGGAAGUGAGUUUUAUUCACAAUGUUCAAACCACUUUGUCUUUUUAUGAACAUUUUUAAAUCAAACACUUGACAAACUGUUUAGAAGAAAAGCUCUCUUUGUUAAAGGUUUAACACCUCUAGCCCUUCAAUUAAUGGCAGAGACAGAGCUCCGUGUCUGUGUCUAGCUCUGCUACAGAGACCGCCGGCAAAACUGGGAAGCACAGAUUGAGAUUUUUAAGGUUAAUAUGUACAAGAAGAAUUUUUCUAUGAAUACAGAAUGAGAAAAGGGCACAGCCCCCCUUUGUUUGUUUUUGCCACCGUAAGUCUUUUUUCAGAAACACUGGAUUUCUGAGCUCCUCUUGGGAAUGUAGAGUUCAGGCUCAAAACUCAGGCCUUCUCCCAUCUCAGAAUGUGGUAGCCAAGCUUCUCUAGUGGAAGCAACUGGGCUCUCUGCAUGGUUCGACCUCACCAAAUUAGAGAUGCUAACACACACACUAUCAUUUUCCCCUGGUAUAUACUUAAAAUCUGUCCCUAUUCCUGUGAAAAAAAACAAGUAAUGGAAACAGAUGGGCCAAAAAGUUAUAACUCAGUCCCAGGUUUCUGACCAGUCAACAAAUCUUCCUCACCAAAGCCCGCAUUGAGGGGGUAGUCUCUGCAAUAGUUGUGUCCAUUUUGCAGUCCAUGUUUUCCACAUUGCUUUAGGUGACCAUAUGGAACAAAAAUAGCAAAAAUAAACUGAUUCCUGAGAUAUGAAAAAGAGAGAAGCUACGUGAAGGGAAAAAGAGGCAGAAAUGUAAAGAGACAGUAGAACACAGAGAAAGAUGGAGAGAGAGAGAGAGCAGAUCAUAUAUAAACAGCGAGAGAGCCAAAGAAGCAGAAGUAUUCUCCUAAUAGGGUACUGUAGAAACCCAGCCUUUGAAGUGAGCACUGCCAAACCCAGUGUUUGGAUUCCUUCCUGUUCCUUCGUUGCUGGAGUCUUUGAUAUCUUGGAUUUAGGGUUGCUAAAAGCCAUUGAAAACAUGAAAGCUUCAAAGUCUCUUAUCCCAAAUCUAUAUGUGUAAGUAGUGUAUACCUCUUUCCUCCCAGUGUUCUUGGGGAAGCUCUCCUCUCUGUCUCUCACAUGCAGGUCAUUGACAUAAGAACAGCCAUACUGGGUCAGACCAAAG